UUUGCGCAGUGUGCACUAAAUUUGGUGUGGAUUUGGAUCAAAAUUACAACUUUGUAUAAAAUACAUACAGAUAAAUAUUCUACUUUAUUUAUAGGAUCAUAUGGAUACAUAGAGUAGUGGGUAUAAGAUAAGAAACAUUAAUUGUAACCUUUUAAAGUGAGAUAAUUUGUUUAAUAUUUUUCGAGACAUUUACUGGGAUUAUAGCAAGCUUUUUUGUUUUAGUUUUAGAAACAGAUAAAAAUUUUAAUGUUUACAAACUAUCUGUUUAUUACCAAAAUGUACAGUAUGUUAGUUUAAGCUGCUGUUAAGCUGUUAGUUAAGCUUGAACUUUCUUUUAAUAUCAUUAAAAACUGGUUACAACUAUCAAUUUUCGUUCAAACUGGUAGAGGGACAUCUAAAGAACAGAUCUACAUAGAAACUACAGAUUAUUAUUAUUUGGGCUUAUUAUUGUGUUACCUGAGAAAUAAUAGAGCGUAUUUCUUGUGAAAGACCAGAUGAUUUUGUUGCAAAUAACAAAUUAUGAAAUGCCACCUGUUAAAUAAGUAAACAGCUAAAUCGUUCUUUUAAAUGUUAUAACAAAUACUAUUUUAUUUAAAUUCUUUACGGAUAUCAUUAUUAUUUGGAGUUCAUUCUCGAUUUGCUCGUAAAAUGAGCACUACUCUGGAAACAGACAUCUUGGCUAAAAAACGGCUUCAUCUCGUCAGAGGAAUUCCAAUCACUACUCAUUUCAAACAAGAGUUUGUUGAAGAAACUUUAGAUUAUGAGCCUCGAGAUGGUGAUGUCAUAAUAACAAGCUAUCCCAAAACUGGAACAACUUGGAUUUCUUACAUCGUUCUUCAAAUACUUACCAAUGGAGAAUCCUUUCCGAACAAAGAUGAAAUGUUGUACAGAACAAUACCUUUUAUGGAAAGCACUGGGAAGGCCGCUGUAGACGCCAUAACUACAAAUCCAAGAGUUUACAAACACCAUUUUCCCUACGGCAAAAUAAAAAAGAAUCCCAAUGCUAAAUAUAUUUACAUAUACAGAAAGCCGGAAGACACUUUUGUCUCAUAUUAUCACUUCCUGCGGUAUAACAGCGAAGAAUUAGAUUUUGAUCAGUAUUUUGAAGACUUUUUAUCGGGCGAAAUUUCGUACGGUCUUUAUUUUGAUCACGUGCUAUCUUUUUUGAAGCAUAAAGAAGAUUCUAAUAUGUUGUUGAUCUCAUAUGAGUCUCUGAAGGAAAACACGAGAGAAGAAAUAAAGAAGAUUUCAAAGUUUUUGGGAGAAGAAUAUUACAAAAAUAUAACAGAGAAUGAAGAGAUAUUGGAUAAAAUCAUUUUACACACAAGUUUUGAUUACAUGAAAAGAAGACUUGUGGAUGAAGCCAAAAAGGAUGCGCCAAGUUCAAACAACGAAUCAGCGAGGGAUGCCUCCCACUUUUUCAGGAAAGGGGUUGUUGGAGAGGGUAAAAAAUCAUUGAAAGCUGACCAACUACAGCGUUUAAGGAAGCUUACUGAAGAACGAAUGAAAGAAACUGAAGUCUUAUUAGAAUGGACUUGGGAAUAAAAUAUUUUUGAACUUGCGAUUAAUAUCAUCGGUAAAUAUGACAAAGAACACGAAGAGCAAAAAUAGCGGAGGACUUAUUGAAAAAAGCAUUGUACUUAAUUUUAUUUGAACUAUAAAUACUUCGCAUUUAUAACUUUCUUACAACUUGAAUUCGUAAUAUUAAUAAAAUAAUGAUAACAAACAUUCUAUAUUUAAAUAUUUGUGAUUCAAUUACAAAAAUAUAAAUUGUUUCUGAAAUAUAUCUGAAUAUGCUUUUAUUUUUUUCUAUGUAAUAAAACUACCAUCAUCUAUGGAUAUAAUUGUCAAAUUUAACGGCUUUUAACUAUAAGUAUUUUAAACAACUCUUUUAACUACGUAAGCAUAUGUUAAACGAAAGUAAAUGAAUUAUAAAUGAUACUUUGAAAUUCUAUGUAUAUAAAUGAACACUUAUUCAAGGUUGCAUGUAAGUCAUUAUAUAUAAAACUUCUAAUUCAAUUAACUGUGUUCAGAAAAUAAAAUGAAGUUUUGUUUAGGGCUUUUGCAUA